AUGCAGAACCCUUCACUGCAACUGCAAGAAUCCAUCAAAUCAUUCUGCAAUCUUACACUGUUCGAAUCCGAGCUCGGGCCCGACAACCAGUCUACUACCCCAGACUCCGACUACUUUAUCAAGACACUCUCAAGAAUCCAGUCCAAAGGAGCCCGGCCCGAUCUUGUCGCCUCAAUCAUCACACACUACGCCCCCAAACACCUCCCCGAACUAUCCGGGCCCGGGCAUGAGCCUGAGCCCAAGCCCAAAUCCCCUAGAGAAAGCAUCACCUCCUCGUGGGCCAAGAAGAAACUGUUCAUCGAGUCCCUGGUGGAGGUCCUCCCUCCGGACAAAAACUCGGUCCCGUGCGGGUUCCUCUUACGGGCCUUGCGGGCUGCGUGCAUGGUCGGGGUGGGGCCAGCCCACCGGGCCGAGCUGGAGGCCCGGGUUGCCCGGCAGCUGGACCGGGCCGAGCUGGAGGACCUGAUGAUACCCUGCUUCGGCCACGAGCCCGGGACGAUGCUGCUCGACUUUUGGCUUGUCGUCCGGGUCGUGAAGGAGUUCACUGGCCUUGAUGAGGCCCGGAGUGGAGCCGCGCUCGUAAAGGUGUCCAAGCUGGUGGAUGGUUAUCUAGCAGAGGUGGCUUUGGACUCCAAUUUGGGCUUGUCGGGUUUUGUCGAGCUCGCCAGCUUGCUGCCCGAUCAUGCACGGGCUUCGGAUGACGGGCUCUAUCGGGCCAUCGACACGUACCUCAAAGCACAUCCAUCUUUGUCCAAACAAGACCGAAAACGACUAUUCAACUUAAUCGAUGCCCGAAAGCUUUCGACAGAGGCAUCGCUACACGCAGCCCAAAACGAGAGGCUCCCCGUUCGGGCCGUGAUCCAAGUCCUCCUUUCGGAGCAAUACAAAAUCAGCAAGCACGUGAUAGACUGGAGCGGGUCCUUGACCGGGCCACGUAGCCCGGUUAUCGGGCUCGAUGGCCCUGUUCGGUGCCUGUCCAAACGUGAGAUGGCCACGCGUAAUAUGGAGGUCAGGAGGUUAAAGGAUGAUGUCCUGAGGCUGCAGAGCCAGUGCAUGAAUAUGGAGAAGCAGAUUGAGAAGCUUUUGGAGAAAAAGAAGAGAUUUUUCAGCUGGAAAAAGCUACUGUAUUAG